GAGCGGUAAGAGAGAGAGAGAGAGAGACCAACAUCAGAACUCAGAAGUUCUUAAAAGUUGCGAACGGAGAAGAAGAUUGUUUUCGACCAAGCCCUGUUUGCUUGCUGUUGUUGUUGUUGUUGUCCGUACGAUGCCGCCGAAAAAGAGUAAGACCGAUGGAGAAGAAAAGGCGAAACCUUUAACGACGGCGUCGUCUAGAGUGACUCGGAGCCUGGGUCGUCGAACUCGAAGUGAGACUCAACAAAACGGUGCUAAAGCGGCUGGAUCCGCCCCUAAGCCGGUGAAGGUUGCCUCGCCGAAGAAGGCGAAGAGGAAGAAGCCAACGAUUGGGACUGGAAAAGCGAAGAAGGGAAAGAAGGAAGACGAAGCAGUUGAGAAGGAAGAAGAGGAAGAGCCAGAGCCAGAGCCAGAGGUUGAGGACCCAACGAAAACGAAGAUUGUCAUAGAGCACUGUAAACAAUGCAAUGCGUUCAAGACAAGGGCUAUUCAGGUGAAGGAAGGUCUGGAGGGAGCUGUUACUGGCUGCACCGUGACUCUGAAUCCUGAUAAGCCAAGGCGGGGUUGCUUUGAGAUCCGGAAGGAAGGUGGCGAAACAUUCAUCAGUCUUUUGGAGAUGAAACGUCCAUUUGCACCAAUGAAAGCACUUGAUAUGGAAGAAGUCAUCGAGAACAUCAUAAAGAAGAUCAAAUGAGAGACUGCAAAUUGGCUCGUAUUCUGCUGAAUCUGUUCUUUGUUUCUGCUUAGCCUCAGUUUAAUCAAUUAGAACUCCAUAGAAGAUUUUCUAGAGCAAUGUCAGAUUUAUUAGGUUCAGUUUUAUUGUUUUAGUAUGAGCACUGUAAGUGCAGUCUCGUUGUUUUCUAGUGCCUGGUUGGUUUGGUAAGGAUCCAUGUAGUUUUCUGGGAUUUUAACUCGUAUUUGUAAGGCUAGUUUGAUUUAUCUCGUUUCUUGAAGCAAACCGAUGCAGAAGCUUUUUUUGUUGUUGUUGGGAUCAUGUAUGGCUUUACCAUUCUUUGCA